CGAAACCAACAGCCAGUGGAGGUAUCACCACUAUAUAGAGGUAACGAAAAGCUUGGCUUUUUUCUCACUUCUCCUCGUUCGUUUCACGACCGCGCACAGUUGCGCACUCACCUCCUGCUUUCGUGCACGUUGUGGCUGUUGUGCGUAUGAUCCGAAGAGUCAAGUUCGAAUAAGAAAAGAAAAAAAAAAUAAAAAAUAAAACACACACACCUACACUCAAACACAAAAAAAGAAAAAACGAAGAAAAUUUGACACGUACAGGUGACGUGAGUGGCCGACGGUGACAUUUUAGGUCGGCACCGAUCUUUGUUUUGUGUCAUCUCUGCCCGCCGGCGUCAUCCUCGAACGAGGGUGAAGUGAGUGGCACAUCAAAAGUCAUUUGUGCCACAUUGGAAUAUUUUCUAAAAAAAAAAACAAAAAAACAAUUCAGGUUGAAAGUGCGAACGCUAUCCUGACAAUACUCUGUUCCAAUUCUUGAUUGAGAGCCCGCCAUUUUGCGCUUUCAUAUCAAUUUAGAAUCCUACCGGACGUUUAUUUUCAAAACUGAAGUCAAACGAAACGCUCUGCUGCGAUGCCGCUUAGAAGCAUUUACAUCGUUCUGUUAGCCGCAACGUUCGCUUGUUGCUGGGCUCAGAAGGCAGAGAUGAGCAAGUACGGCCGGUACAUCGGCGAUCUGGCCCGCGAUGUUUCUGGACAAGUGUACGCUGUCAGCGACGACGUCCUCUUCAUCAAAGGAUUCGUGUACGGAGGCACGGGACCCGACGCGUACUUCUGGGCGGGCAAUUCAAGUCGGCCAAAUCCGGUUGGCAUCGUCAUUCCUUAUCCGGCCGACUACCUGGAAAAGGAAGCGCCGGUAUUGGGACGAUAUGACAACAAAGACAUCCUGCUCAAGUUACCACUCGGCGUGAAAGUGCGUGAUCUUCGCUGGCUCUCUGUCUGGUGCAGAAGAUUCGCGGUUGAUUUCGGAUCGGUGCAAUUCCCCGUUGAUUUGGACCCUCCCAAGCCGCGCGUGCUAUCCGAAUUUAAACGACUAGGGCACGGUCUACGUUCGGGCAGUGUGACCAUCCUGGACGCCAAGACGUUCUACAUACCUAAUCUGCACUACGACGGAGCGGCUCCCGACGCUUAUUUCUGGGUCGGCACCGGCACCGUACCCAAUGCCCAGGGCAUCAAAGUGCCUAACGAACUUGGAGACACUAAUGUUCUGCGUGGAUACCAAGGCGAAGAUAUUGAAAUCCAGCUGCCCGGCGAUUUGACUGUGCACGACAUUGAUUGGUUGUCCCUGUGGUGUAUCGCGUUCCGCGAGAACUUUGGCCACGUCAUGAUCCCGAAAGAUCUCGACGUGCCGCCAGCGCUAGGACAGAACCAGUUGACCACCACCAAAAUCCCGAGCGAAACUGGCGGGUCUGGCGCUACUAUCGGAGAGGGUCAUGAAUUUGAUUCAUGCAUCCAAUUGCUCAACGGCCGCAUGCAGGUUCAAUGGGAAGCUAUCCUAGAGGGAAUCAUCAUCCGACUUUCUGCUCGUAUGGACGAGAACGAAUACAUGUCGUUCGGGAUAAGCGGCGCAGAAGGCCGCACGAAAAUGAUUGGCGCUGAUGUUGCCGUCGCUUAUUUCAAUAGCGAGGACAACAAGUUCUACGCCGAAGAUUACAUUUUGAAUGCUAAAUCACAGUGCGAUGGAAAUAACGGCGUGUGCCCCGAUAGCCGGAUAGGAGGACGUAACGAUGUCAGCAUGCUUUACGGCCAGAGGAUAAACGGCGUCACUACCGUUGCUUAUCAGCGUUCGUUGGACGCUCAGCAAGACAAAUUUGAUCAAGUAAUCCCGCCCGUCGGUCGCGUGAAUGUUAUUGCCGCUAUAGGGCCGCUCAAUUCGCGCAAAGAAGCCAAUUACCAUUCGAGCGAUCGCACUGGACCUCAAGACGAUCAUCGGAUUGAUUUUACCAGUCGAGGUGUCAAUCAAUGCCCCGUUCUUCUAGCUCCCGAUGACAAGACCAAACAACACGGAUCUGGGGGAUCAUCAUCUUCGGGAACGAGUACGGAGAACGCCAUUCAACCGUGGAAGCCGAACGUUAUAUCGGGCAAAACGGAAUUAAGGGCUAGGAUAGGCCCGACUGGUGGCAAAAAAGGCUACACGGCCAUUACAGGUCAACCGUCUUGGGGCAUCGCUUGGUACAUUAACGAUCUCUUAAUUCCCGAAAUCUACGUCGAAAAGGGUGAAACGUACACGUUCCUAGUUGAAGGAGGCAACGACCCAACCAAUUCCGCACGCUAUCACCCGCUCUACAUUACGGACAAUCUAGAGGGAGGAUUCGGACAGAAAACCGACGCUCAGCAAAGAGAACAGCGUAUAUUUGCUGGAGUCCAGUUCGAUUCAAGCGGAUUUCCUUUCCCCACCGCAGCUGGAAGUCUGUGCGAAUGGAAGCACAAGACUGUGGACAAGUGGGCCGAUUCAGAAACAUUCGAUGACUAUACGAAGACAUUGAUUCUCGAGUGCGAAAGUAAUCGAGAACAGCCGGCCAAUUUGACGUGGACCGUUCCUAUGGAUGCACCCAACACCUUGUACUACCAGUGUUACACGCACAAUAGCUUGGGAUGGAAGAUUAACGUCGUUGACCGAGGGUUCGAGCCUCCCAAAGCCCGUGGCGCAGCUUCUUCGCUGGUCGGAUUGCGAAUCUCAUCAUUAGCCGUUUUGUUGUUACCGCUUUCCGUUCUGUUUUUAUGACCUCACAACUCAACAGCCUCAUUCGCGCAGUUGUUUUCUCUGUUUCUGUUUCUGUUCUGUUUUUUUUUUACCCGUAAAUUAACUUUUGGAAUUUAAAAAGAGAGCAAAAGCCUUGGGUUGAGCAAAUUUUUCAUUCUAUGUGUGACUAUGAUUGUGCUUGUGGCGAGCGUUACCUUUAUCAAAAAGUGUGUAAACGCUUCGUCAGUUCCCGUGUUUUCUAACCAUUUCUUUUUUUUUUAAAGUUGUUUUUUUAAAAAUGAAUCCAAAUUUUUCCCUUAAAAAAAAUCUUCCCCAAAAUUAUCAUCGGCAUGUUGGAACAUAGUUUCAAUGAAAUCGUUGUGCAUUUGAAAUUUUUCUUCAUCAUAUUAAAGACUAAUCGGUAUUGCAGUACACUAACUGUUUUUUGAGAAAA